ACUUCAUAUUCCUUUCAAGCAAAAAAACCUUAGAAAUCUCUAAGAACACACUCGCCACCAUGGUCAAGCUUGCAAUUAUCUUGUGCUUAACUUUUCUAACAUUAAUGCUUGUUGGUCAUGAGGCAAGCAAAGAGGGAAACGAAGUUGGCAUUUCAAAUCUACAAGAUGAAAAAAUAGGAUGGGUUAUUUGCAAGGCAUAUGCUGAAAAUCCUGGAUCGAAGUACUGUUGUUGUGAUGACCAAAAGGAUUGUUUUUUUACUAAAGCUUUGUGCAUGCAAUUUUGCACAAAUACCCGUAGAGUGUGUGACGAAUAAAAUCUUCCA